UGUACGGGACUGACUGAGAGGAGGGGAGCGAGGAGGAAGCCCCCCCCCCGUGCAGAUAACGCUCCCUCGCUCUCUAACAGGUGUUCUCGUGGCUGCGCAUUGGGGCGCAGUCGCUGUGCUGCCUCUGCCCUGACUGCCUCGUGGGAUGCUGCGAGAUUUUUUGGGGAGAUAUUUGAGAAGAACCUGUUCUGCUUUCAGCUGGCAAUGGCCAGCUAGUGGCAAAAUCCGUGGACGAGCGUUCUCCGAGUACUGAAGACUUUCAGAGGAUGCAGCGCUGGAGAAAGGCGAAUAUGUGGGCAGUUUCAAGUCGUGUAGAAGACGUAUAAACUCCUUCGCCACUUGCGCAGUUUUGGAGCAACUUUUGGCGUCUGUGUUUCUUUUUUGGAUUUUUUUCAUACCGCGAUCGAUGACGGUUGCUAUCGAAUAGAAACUUGGAUGGGAGCGGUGCGCGUGGCGUUACUGCUGUAGAAGCCCCGCCGCGGAGGAGGCGAGGUGAGGGGGGGAAGUGCGUUUCUUUCUCUCGUCCGCAAGUCCUCGCCGUCAAGCUGGCCAUGGCUGCGGCGAUCGCGAGCUCCCUGAUUCGGCAGAAGAGGCAGGCGAGGGAGCGCGAGAAGUCGAACGCCUGCCGCUGCGUGAGCAGCCCGAGCAAAAGCAAAGGCGCGUGCGAGAAGCCCAGCCGCCUCAGUGUCUUCUCCCGAGUCAAGCUUUUUGGCUCCAAGAAGCGCAGGAGGAGACGACCAGAGCCCCAGCUGAAGGGGAUCGUGACGAAGCUGUACAGUCGGCAGGGUUUCCAUUUGCAGCUCCAAGCAGAUGGAACCAUUGACGGAACAAAAGAGGAGGACAGUGGUUUCACCAUGUUCAACCUCAUCCCUGUGGGUCUGCGAGUGGUAGCCAUUCAGGGCGUCCAGACCAAACUUUACCUGGCCAUGAACAGUGAGGGCUACCUGUAUACAUCAGAACAUUUCACACCAGAGUGCAAGUUUAAGGAGUCAGUGUUUGAGAACUACUACGUGACGUACUCCUCCAUGAUCUACAGACAGCAGCAGUCGGGCAGGGGCUGGUACCUGGGCCUGAACAAGGAGGGAGAGAUCAUGAAGGGAAACCACGUGAAGAAGAACAAGCCUGCCGCACACUUCCUACCCAAGCCUUUGAAAGUGACCAUGUACCGGGAGCCCUCUCUGCAUGACCUGACUGAGUUUUCGCGCUCCGGCAGCGGUACGCCCACUAAGAGCCGGAGUGCCUCAGCCGUCCUCAACGGAGGCAAAGCUGUGAGUCAGAACGAGUCCACGUAGCCCAGCUCACCCGGCCCAGCCCGCUUUACCCUACGCCUUCACCAAAACCUCCGGAUGCUCGUGACUUCACGCAGACUUCUCUCCAAAAAAAUGAAAACAAAAAUAAACAUAAAAAACAAGAAAAGGAAAAAAGCUCUCAGUGGUUCAGGACAAAGACAACCAACAUUACAUAGCAACAUCAGACCUUUUCUGAAUCUAGAGUACCGCUCUGUUUUGAGUUGGAUCGCUGUAGGUUUUAGACUUUUACUUUAACACCACGGUGACGUGAAAUGAAAACUGUAGCCUUCGAUAUGACUGGGCAUUCAGCAUAGUCCCUCUCAGGUUGGUAUUAGCACACCACACUGAGUUGGGUUUCUUUUGAUUUCAUUAAGGAUCACGGGCCGAAACUAGGUCUCCAUGCAUUUGUUAGGAGAUGAGAGCAGUGAGCGACGGUUUAACUGCUUGGGUGCAAGGAUAAAGACGCACCCCUGUCCUCCAUGCUUCCCCAGUGUGAAGCCCCUCAUUGCGAGGGGCAGGCACUAGCCGCUAGCUCUCCUGCAUUUUAGUGCACUUGCUAAGAGGGGUUAACCCUCUCCAGCAUGGAAAUCUUAAAGCCUGCAUUGUGCAAACUUCAAGGGAAGGCACGCCCUCUCAAAUUUAGCAUCGAGAGGUACGCAGCGUGACCCUGCUUUGCUAAUUGUUUGAAUUAGCCCUGAGCAUUUAUUACUUUUUAGCCCUUUGUUUCCUUCGCCACGCUGCAAAAAAUUACAAGCAAUUAAAAUCAUCUUAAAUGUAGUCAGUAUAGCUAAAGUGUCUUAUUAUAAGGUUGUUGUAAGAACAUUAUGAGAUUAUUUAACUUAUUUCUAAACAUUGUCAUUUAUCUAGAUAAAUUAGGAUAAUUUAACCUCCUUCAACCAUUAUCUAUCAGGGCUGGGUUUCCUGAAAGCAUCUUAGCAUGAAGGUGAUCCUUGAAUGGUCUGUCUCUCCCAGUUAAGUUGAUCAUUAUAAUAAGAUGCUUUUGGGAAACUGGGCUCAGUAUGGGAUUUAGGGUUAAUUUUACAGGAUAAACUUACAUAAAACUUAAAAAAAACACACAAAAAGUAUCUAAGAAAUAGGUUUGAUAAUCUUACAAUACUUGCACUACAGUCUCGCAAUGAGAAAUGUUGCAUAUAUUGACUAGAUAUAAGAUUUUUUUACUCAACAAGAUGUCAUUUUUUGUAGUGCACCCCAACCCACCCCAACAUUCAAUGUUUUUUUGAGGCUUAACCAGUGAAUGGAGAUUCCAGCACACCAAAGACAAAAGUGUAAGAGAGUCCCUUUAAACGGUUGAUCCACGCCAGUAUACAUAGGCAUGCCAGGGAGUGAUGAACUGUAAUGCUUGUUGUGUGGGCCUACUUGUUUGCAGAGAAAGAGGUUGGAGGUGGGCUGCUGGCUGUGCGGAGGAGAGGGCUCAGUAUUUUGGAGAUGUGCUUUUACUGAUGUGCGUGGUGUGAGAGGACUGUUAUAUGUUUCCCUUCUUGUCUCCUCUGGGUCACAUUGUCUCUGUCUAAGCCCCUUUAGCCCGUCUGAGUGCUCGUCUUCUGCCUCACCCACUCAUGACUAUACUGUCCUUCAGCUGAAGCUGGUCACCAUUUACCAGGUGACCACUAGGACAAGGCGGGACCCAGAUCCCAAUCCCUCCCCCAACCCUGGACUCCAUUUCGUGUAUGAGUAACUUAUUGUGAUGAUUUUCUAUAAAAUAAAUAAAUAUAUUAAAAAAAUACUGUGGAAUUUUAGGUGGCUUAACAUUUUAUAGCAUAUGUCUUAUUUGUAAAAGUGAAAAAAAAUAUUGAAAAUGGAGAAAAAGAACAAAAAAAAAACCUCUUGUACAGAGCAUGUACAAAAUCAAGUUGUGUACAAUGAGGACCCUUUUUGUGGGCUACUGUAUGUACUCUUUCCCUCUGGAAACAUAAUUUCUUCAUGAUGGCUACAGGGGGGCUUUUCUCUUGGCUGUUUCCUUCUGGGCUUUUCUCUUUUUUUUUUCCUUUCUUUUUUUUUUUUUGAUUCUUUUUUUUCCAACAUAUCUGUUGCAUGGGAGACAGCAGGAACUGGAGGAGUAGAGCUGCAUGAUGUAGGCUAUGUGUAUUAACCCCAUGUUGGAUCAUGUGUUCCAAACUACCAGGAAUAAACCGGAAAACAACACGUACUGAUGGGCGCUCUGCCUGGUACCUUCCAGUUGUUUCUUAUUUGUUGUAUACACAAAAUGCACUGAAUAAAAUGUUUAUAUUAAGCUAUACUUUUAAAA